GUCAUUAUCAGCAGCAACAGCAACAGCAGCAACAGCAGCAGCAACAACAUGAACUGCAGCAGCAACAGUGUGAUCCACUGCCACCUACUCAUUGUCGUGACAACGCUACCAUGACGAACAACCUAGCCGACGUGACGCGUAAACAGACCACAGCGAACCGCGGCAAAUCGUUCACGAACAUCGAGAAAACCACAAAGCCACCUUCCGCACAAUUGCCAUGGCAACGCGAGACCGCGGGCAAGAUCGUCUCGCUGAUGGAGGAGUGUUGCCACGGCGACCAUUGCCUCUACAUGUGCAGCUACCUCACAUAUCCCUACUGCCACGAGUGCGCGCGCACGAGAACAAGUGAGCGUGCGUCACCGGCUGACAGCCCCCGCACACACACGCCAACGUUGUUAGAGAGCAAGGAGAGCGCAGCGGCAUCGUUCGCGUGGGUUUACGCUGGCGCCACCUGCAUGGUGGAAGACUGCACGCGGACGGCGAGUUACCGUGGUUACUGUGACAUCUGCUUCUACAAGACUUGCUCCAUCAGCGACUGUUACAUUGUGUCGUCGCCCGUGCCGGACGAAAACCGCAACAACAGUAACCAUGGCGGCAGUAACCACGGCGACGGUAACACCGGCAACCCCGACGACGGUCACCGCGGCGAUGCGGAUAAAGCACACAGUGAUGAGCUCGCAUCAUGGAAAUCAUUCUUUUGCACGGACGGUGGUGCCCUCGCGACCGCAAAUGUUUAUAAUAGUGGCGCCCUCUUGGUAGCUGACGUCGAAGAGAGAUUUGACCUGUUUGUGCGAGCACGCUCCACCGCAGCGCGAGAUGACUGGAUGACAGCGCCACCUAGCGGUCACCUGGACGCUCGAACUAGAAGAAACGCGGCGACGGUGUUGUUGCUAGGCGACCAGAGUUCGCCCGACGAACAUAAGUCGCCGCAUCGGUCUACCGGGCGGAAUCAACAGUCGCGGCAUCAGUCUAACGACGAGAUUUGGUGGCUGGACAAUGCUACGAGGGCGCCACUCGACGAGCGCCCGGUUGCCAGGAAUCGCAGUAGCGGACAAACAAGAGAACACGCGAGCGAGCGGCGUGAGCCAGCAUCUCGAUUGACGCGUGCAGAUCGCAGCCGGCUCCCCCUGGUGGCAGACGAAAGCAACGGUUGCGGAGGCAGGUGCGUCGGGCCGGGUUGUUGGAACGUUGCCAGCGUCAACGGUCUGUGUGACGGAUGCUACACGACACUGGAACGAAUGCUGAGGAGGAGGAGGAGGAGGAGGAAGAGGGAGGUUUCUCAGGCAUCAGGUGGCGGAGCAAGCGGCACACUGACCCCUGAUCGGGAAGAGUUGGCAACGUCGGCAUGCGACGCGCAAGAUGGUCUAAAAUUUAAUUGGCCGCGUGAUGGGAUUCGCUGCCGCAUGAUUGGCUGCGAUUUCUACGCGGAUCCGGAACUGAAGAUGUUCUGCUCAAAGUGUUUCAAUCUCUACUUGAAGGGCGAUGUGAAGUGUGUUGCUGCAAGACCGAUGGACUUCAUUCCGACCAGCCGAGUCUCGUGGCAGUUGACCGGCCUCGCCUGUCCCGCACACUCACCACUGUGACGCAUCGGCCGGACGACUGGUAGAUGGGCACCACGCCAUUUGCGCAUAAACUACACGCCGUGUAUGGUAUUAGGAAGCAGCUAUUGUGCCACAGUCACAUCGGCAGACUACGGUCGCCUUACACUUAAUUUGUGACAAAGAUGAGAUUUGUGUGUGCUAUAAACUACUGUGUCUAAUAUUGCGAGGUGUUGCUGGCGUAGUGAUUGCUGUAAGUGUAUUGGCAGGACAGAGUAAAAUUAAAACAGAUUUAUUCACUGCUGAUAUAGUCUAUAGACUAUUGUUCAUAUUCUGAGCGAGAGCUGUAUUAUAGACGACAAUGUAUUGUAACUUAUCGAUAAAUUAUUGCGUGUGAGUUUUUAAUAAAAUAUUGAUACCUUUCAAGGU